GGAGCACUCAGGAGCCCCGCCCCGUGUGGGUGGGGUCGAUGCGAAAGUGGUAGAACCGGCGGGAAGACUUGGGGCUUCAGACUUCCCCCCUGCGGGGCAGGGCUGAGACUGCCAGGGAAGUGACCUAUGCAGCAUGCAUGGCAGUCCUUGCACUCUCGGUUCUUCCUUCCCCGACUCUGUCCUCCCUCCUCAUGCAGCCCAGCAUGGCUGUUGUCCAUUGGAAGAGCUCCGCUGUGGGCUGAUGAGAUGCCACUGCCUGGAAACCAUGGCCUUAACCCCCAGCCUGCCACUGAGCCACCUGCAGCCCAGCAGAUGACUUUGGCUCCCAGCCUGACUCAACUGAGCCUGGAUCCUGUGCGCCUGCCAGAGCUAACCCUGAGCCUCAGACUGGCUGAGCUGACCCUGUGUUCUGCAUGCCGGCCAGAGAUGAGCCUCAGUCCUGGCUUGAGUGAGCUGACCCUGGAUCCUGCACGGCAGCCAGAGGAGUCCCCCAUCCCCAAUGUGGCUGAGCUGACCCUGGAGCCUGUUCACCGCCGACCAGAGCUCCUGGAUGCCUGUGCAGACCUCAUCAAUGAGCAGUGGCCCCGCAGCCGCGCCUCCCGCCUGCACUCCUUGGGCCAGUCUUCUGAUGCCUUCCCCCUCUGCCUCAUGCUGCUGGGUCCUUGCCCUACACCCAAGGCAGCCCCCAUUGUGGUGGGCCAUGCCCGCCUGUCUCGGGUGCUGAACCGGCCUGAGAGCCUCCUGGUGGAGACAGUGGUGGUGGCCCGGGCCUUGAGGGGCCGUGGCUUUGGCCGCCGCCUUAUGGAAGGCCUGGAGGACUUUGCUCAGGCCCGGGGUUUCCACCGGCUUCACCUCACCACCCAGGACCAGCUGCACUUCUACACCCACUUGGGAUACCGGCCGGGUGAGCCCGUGCAGGGUCUGAUGUUUGCCAGCCGUCGACUGCCCACCGCCCUGCUCAGUGCCUUCUCCAAGGCCCCUUGCCUGACUGUCCAUGCUGCCCUGGAAGCCCCCAGAGAGCCGCCAUCAUUGCUACCUCCCCCUGCGCCACCCCUGCCUGAGCCUGUGGCCACCUGUCCCUCACCUCCAACAAGGCCACUGCCACAAAGCCUGCUGGAAACACAGUAUCACAACCUGAGAGGAUGCCCCGUGUUCUGGAUGGAGAAGGAUAUAUGAGGCCCUCAGGGCAAGGCACUGUCCUUCGGGGUCCGGUGAACUGGCCAAGACUGUCAACCUAAGCACUCCAACCUUGCUUUAGCCCCUAGUUCCUGGCUCAGCUUGAGCCCAUGUCUGUUCUCUGGGCACUAAGUGGGCUAGGUAUGGUUCCUUGGCUCUGAGCCCUGAGCAGCUGAAUAAAGACUUCCGUUGGGGGUGGCUGUGACCAUUUAUUUGUUGAGCCCCUCUGCCACUUCCCCUUCUUGCCUUUGGUCUCUCCCCGCAGGAGGCCCGCAAGUUCAGAGGCACUUGCACGUGUCCCUCCUCUUCUUCCAGGCAGAGCAGCAGCAUGUCUGUUUCCCCGGCACAUAAACUCAUCCCUGUUCUGAGCACUGGCCAUGGCCAGACCCUGGACUGGGCUCAGGCAUGGGGGAGCUAAAUAAAGGCCUUGGUCCUAGGACAUGGACAGGAAUGCAGUGGCAGUAUCUAUGCUGGGACACUUGGUGCCCAACUACCCACCCCCUAGAGAUCCAAGAGUCCUUUCAGGGGAGGUAUCUACACCUCAGGGACCUGAGUGCUGAGUAGGAAUUAAGCCAGGCUAAGCAGGGACCAUGUGCUCCUGGGGCUGGUGAAGAUUGGCAGGGGAAGGAAGGGAAUUUGUGAGGGCUGUGGAUUGUCACAGGGCACAGUAGUGCUAUCAGCACAGCGGCAGACCCGGGAGGGAAGUGUCAGCCCUCUCUCAGUGCCUUUCCCACCCUCCAAGCAGGUGGGGAGGCCUGGGGAUCAGUUCCCUGCUUUCCCUGCUGUAGGCCAUGACUGGCCUCUAAGCGCACUCCCUCUCUCCUGCAGGUCUCUGGUC